CAAGAGGCGAUGAUCACCGCCGUCACCCUCGACGCAGACGCUCCCCGCAUGGUCGUCGCCGAUGAGAAUGGCAUCCUCAAGGUUUACAACGUCGACGCGGAGGGCGCGACGGUGACGUGCACCACGGCCGUGCAUACGAGCGCCUCCGUCUGGCUCCUCCACGUCAGUGGCCACGCCCUCCUCGGCGCCAGUUGGUACGAGCAGUCGCCGCCUACCCCAGCAUACGAAGAAGGGGACAUGCCACCACCUCCUGGCCCGGUCGAAGCAAUGCACGCGUCGCUCUCCGUCUGGGACCUGCGCGUCGCGGAGUCCAAGCCGGUGGGAGAUCUGCCCAUAAGGCAGGACGCUACGGUGAUUGCCCUCGGGUACGAUGAAGGCCGCGUGGUCUCGAUCCAGCCAGCGUGCGCCGUCAGCUGGCGGCCCAAGUCGACUGCGUGGCUAGACGGCUCGCUGCUUACAGCGGUCGCCGCCGAGUAGGGUGAUUGCCCGAUGCGUCUCUGUGUUCGCCGAGACAUGCACAUGUGCCGCGCGCCAUUGAUCGGGGUCGAUGGCGCGAUGUCAAGCCACGAAGGUCGGGUAAAGUACCGGUAGGUGUGUGACAUGAUUGUUCUGUCUUCUGACGGUGACUGGAGGAAAUGGCUCGCUUUGUGGUGUCUUUCCCUGAGGGACCUGUGU